AUGGUCGGUAAAAGAUACUUCACAGCUGGGAUCUUGGAUGUGGAGAAAAAUACUGAAGAGUUAUUGGGGAAUGGAGGAUGUAUGGGAAUGGGUAUAACAAUGAAUGCUAAGGUUGAGGAUUGUAUUCACCACAGAAGGAAGAACCAUCGGGUUGUGAUUCUUAAUAGGAUUGAGGUGGAGAUCGAGAAGUUUAAAGAGAAUAGGAAUGUUGAAGAGGAUGAUAUAUAUCUAUGGAGGAGUGGAAAUGACAAAUACAGAAGGAAGUUCUUAACAACAGAAACUUGGCAGGUUAUCCGAAAAAAACACCAAGUAUAUGAUUGGCAUAAGGCUAUCUGGUUUAAAAAUGCGACGCCUAAAUAUGCUUUUGUGACCUGGGUUGCUAUGAGAGACAGGCUUUCAACCGGGAGUAGAAUGGUGCAAUGGAAUGCAAACGUUGACGCCUCUUGUAUCUUAUGUCAAACUCCUAUGGAGACAGUUGGUCAUCUUUUCUUUGAGUGUCCAUUCUCUGAGCAGAUAUGGAGGAAUCUGGCGAGAGGUGUAAUGAGGGAGAGAUACACAUCAAACUGGUCUGAGAUAGUAAGGGUCUUAAUGGAUGAGAAGCAAGAUAAGCUUCAACUCUUCACUAUCAGAUAUCUAUUCCUAUCGAUUUUCAAUAGCUCAGAGGAGGAAGGAUAA